AAGGUAUCCACGCGGCGCAAGUUCGGUUGACGUUGACGGAAUCGAAGCGCACUUAGCGAGAUGUGUCGCAUUUACAAGAGCCGAACAUUUGCUCGUCGCUGCUGGCCGGACGCAACACAUUAUUCGCAGGAGCAUGGUCUCGAUCCAGUUCACGUCGGACGUCGGGCUCGGCAAGGUGGCGGUCGCCGCCUUUGGCAUCGGCUUCGUCAUGGCCGUGCACCUCUGCCUCCUCUUCUACGUCGUCUUGGCGACAGACGCGGGCUGGACGUACCACAAUGCGACGUUGCAGUGGGCGGUCUACAUGGUGUGCCUCACGUUUUUCCACUUUUCCGAGUUCAUCUCGACGGCGGCCUUCAAGCCCGGCUUUGUGAGCUACGAGUCCUUUCUCCUCAACCACAGCGACGCGUACCAAGUCGCGCUCUUCACGAGCUGGGUCGAGUACUGGGUCGAGGCCUACUUCUUUCCCGACGCCAAGUUUCGCCCGCUCUUCAUGUGGCUCGGCCUUCUCCUCGUCGUCAUGGGCCAGUUCUUCCGCGUCGGCGCCAUGUGGACGGCGAAGAGCAACUUUUCCCACCGCAUCGAGAUCGCCAAGCGCAAGGACCACGAACUCAUCACGCACGGUCUCUACACGUACAUUCGCCACCCGUCGUACUUUGGCUGGUUCUACUGGUCGAUCGGCAGCCAAGUCUUCCUUUGCAACCCGCUCUGCACCAUCGCGUACACGGCCGCGUCCUGGAGCUUCUUCAAAGAUCGCAUUCCGUACGAGGAAGAGAUCCUGCUCGAUUUCUUUCCCGAGCAAUACCCAGCGUACAAGGCGCGGACGAUCAGCGGCGUCCCCUUUGUCUAAGCCCUCGCAAGAAGAUGAAUAUCUCAUUUCAAGUCCUGGAUCGGUGCACUUUCUCACUGCGAGCAUCUGCCCUCGCAGGCUGCACGCCGACCCCAUCACUCUUAAACAAGCCAAAACAUCGAGUACAUUGUCAC